AUGGCUGACUUUUCACAGUGGAUGGACGCGCAUGAGACAUGGGCAACUCAUAAUCUCGCUGAAACCUGCUGCGCUUCCAUCUCACUCGACGAUCUUUUGGCUUUCGCAGGGAACAAGGACAGAGCUACCCUUGUCGACUUCUCUCAGAAGCAGACGUAUGGACCAAUCCGGGGCAGUGAUGCCUUGCGCUCAAACAUCGCCCACUUGUAUCGCAGCGACCGAUGUGAGCCGCUGUCGAAAGACAACAUUCUUGUAACGAAUGGCGCUAUCCACGCCAACUUCCUGGCUCUAUAUGCAAAUGUUGCUCGGGGUGACCAUGUCAUCUGCCACUAUCCCACCUACCAACAGCUCUACUCCGUCCCCGAGUCCUUCGGCGCGGAGGUCAGCCUUUGGAGAGCAGAUGGCCAGAAUGGAUGGCAGGUCAGCUUGAACGACCUGAGAUCGCUAAUCAGACCGAAUACCAAAGUCAUCAUCAUCAACAAUCCUCAGAAUCCAACUGGGGCUGUCCUGAGCCGUGAAGUGCUGCAGGAGAUUGUAGAUAUUGCGCGCCAGCAUGGUAUCAUCAUCCAUAGUGAUGAGGUGUACCGGCCGCUUUUCCAUUCCCUGGAAAACGGGCAGGACGAGCCGCCUUCAAUACUUUCCUUCAAUUAUGAGAAGACUGUUGCCACGAGCUCAGUGACCAAGGCUUUCAGUUUGGCCGGGAUUCGAGUAGGCUGGAUUGCAUCCAGAAGCCGGGAAAUCAUAGAGCAGUGCGCGACAGCUCGCGACUACACGUUGAUUUCGGUCAGUCAGGUCGAUGACCGGAUUGCUACAUGCGCAUUGUCAGAGCCAACUGUGAGUAAUAUCCUCAAGCGUAACCUCGAUCUUGCAAGAGGCAAUCUCGAUCUGCUCGAUGGCUUUGUGAGGGAAUUCGCCUGGGCUACGAGAUGGAACCGACCACAUGGGGGCACCACAGCGUUCAUCAAGUUUGUGAAUAAGGACAACCUUGCGAUUGAUGAUGUGGAGUUCUGCACACGCUUGCAAAAGGAGUUUGGAGUGAUGUUUGUUCCAGGCAGCAGGUGCUUCGGAGAAGACACAAACUUCAAGGGGUAUGUCCGCAUCGGCUAUGUAUGCGAACGUCAGGUCUUGAUUGAUGGUCUGGAAGCGCUGCGGAAAUUCAUGGCCGAUGCCUAUCACUCUCUGCCAGUGGCUGUUUGA